GAGGGCUGCUGUGUAACCUCACUUGGUCUCAGAUGCAGCCGGCCGUGAGGGAGAUGAACAUUUGCGACUCCCGACAAACAACGACGCAACGUCACUUUACACCUUCCCAUGAGUCACACACAUCCUGCCCGCGAUGCAGCAUCGCGGUGCUUUGUUCAGUGGGGUACGUAGGUUCGUAUGGAGAAUUGAAAGGACGUGGUUGCACGCCGUCACAUCACUUGCCUGUCACUUGGACUUCGUUUGCAACUUGUUUGUCACAAACGCUUGCCCGCGUUGCAAACGGCGUUCACGUUUGCCUUCUUGGUCCACCUUAUCUCGCUGGUGCGUGCAUGUUCUUCAGACAUACAAAACUCUGGUUGUCCCAGGCACUUACUCUCUGCUCUCCUCUCUCUCUGAUCAAUCACCACCUCUGUUCACCCGAAAAACAUUCACUUCUCUCUCUUCACUCCAAACCUUUUGCUUCAAAACAAACUCACAACCUCCAUCCCAACACAACCACAAUCGUCCACAACAACCCACCAACAACGACUUUCCCCCUUCCAACCAACCCUCACCAAAACCCACCUUAAGCCAAAAUGCCUCUCUCGGCCAAACAAUGCGAGUACCUAGCCCUCGCCUGGCAAUGCUUGGAAACCGAGCCAAAGAUCGACUACGAGAAAUUCAAAUCCCUCGCCAACCUCGCCUCCGCCGCCUCCGCUCGCGAACUCCUGCGCGUCACGAAGAAGAAGUUGAAGGAGGAGUAUGGGGCUUCGUUUGGUGGUGGGGAGGGGAGUACGCCGGCCACGCCUGCGGGGAAGGGGAAUGGGACGCCCGCGGGGAAGGGGAAGGGAACGACGCCUGCUUCGACGCCUGGGGCUAGGAAAAAGGGGGUUGCGAAGAAGGUGAAUGGGGCUGGGACCGCGGGUGGGGUGAAGGGGAGGGGGAAGGGGAGGAAGAGGAGUGAGGUUGAGAGUGAGGGGGGUUCUGAGGGGGAGGUCGCCGAGGAUGAUGGGGAGGAGAUGGGGGGUCCGAGGAAGAGGGUCAAGGUUAAGGCUGAGCCUGUGGAGGAAAUGGAGGAGGAGAACGAAGAGGAGCUGGACGAGGCGUCGAUGUUUCAGUGAGAGUGGAAUGUAACAUGGGAUACCGUAACUCCUCCACGACGAGCGAAGAGGAUGGAUAU